UAUUUUCAAGCCGUUGCUUGAAAUUUGUUUUCUCUCUCUCCAUUUCUCUGGUUCUGUUCUCUGUUUUCUCUCUCUGUGCGUCACUGUCGAAUUUUAGGUUCCUUAUUCCGGCGAAGCCUAUAUAGUUCGAUAUCAUGACUUCUUCUGAAGUCACUCAUCUCUCUCAGCCUUGCAUUUACGGGGACAUUGUUUCUUCUUAUGGUGAGAGGAAAUCCCGCUUUAUGAAAUGGCUCACUAAGCUUUUCAAAGGCGGUUCGAGUAGAAGAGGAGGAAGCGGCGGCGGCGGCAAUAAUCCACAGCUUAUUGGCGACGAAAACAUGUCUUGGCGCGCACCAAUUAGAUCCUUGGGUGAUCAUCGCCCCAGAGCUCGGAAGGAGAGCGAUGAGUUGGAACAUGCAAUUGCGCUAUCUUUGGCUGACGAUUUGAGAAGACCAACAGGGCGUAGAUGGCGGCGAGACCACGAUGAAGAUUUUGCCAGGGCACUUCACGAUAGUCUGGCUUCGCCAUAUUCUUCUCCGCGUUCUCGUCCACACCCACACCCACAUCCUCAUCCACAUAUUCCUUCACACCCCACUCCGUAUGUCCCUGCACACCCACCUUCUCAUCCCCCUCAGCAGUAUUACCCUUGGGGAUACAAAAUAUGUGGUGGCUGCAAACGUGAAAUACGUUAUGGAAAUUAUCUAGGAUGCAUGGGAACGUACUACCAUCCUCCGUGCUUCCGCUGUCAUUCUUGCGAACAGCCAAUAACUGAGAAUGAGUUCUCUCUGUCAGGAAAAGAUCCAUAUCACAAGACCUGCUUCAAAGAGCUGGCUCAUCCCAAGUGUGAUGUCUGCCAUCACUUUAUACCGACCAAUCGAGCUGGUUUAAUUGAGUAUAGGUGCCACCCCUUUUGGUCUCAAAAAUACUGUCCUUCACAUGAACAUGACGACACAGCUCGCUGCUGCAGUUGUGAGCGCUUAGAGUCCUGGGAUGCAAGAUAUAUUUCAUUGGGAGAUGGACGGAGUUUAUGCUUCGAGUGCAUGGAAUCUGCUAUUAUGGAUACUGGUGAUUGUCAGCCCCUUUACCAUGCCAUCAGAGACUUUUACGAAGGACUGAACAUGAAACUAGAUCAGCAAAUCCCCAUGCUUCUGGUUGAAAGACACGCACUUAAUGAAGCAAUAGUUGGAGAGAAAGGCGGUAUACAUCACAUGCCUGAGACAAGGGGUUUAUGCCUUUCUGAAGAGCAGACUGUCACUAGUAUACUCAGAAGGCCGAAAAUCGGAGGUCACCAAUUUAUAGGAAUGAGAACUCAACCUCAAAAGCUGACUCGAAGAUGUGAAGUAACAGCUAUUCUUGUUCUCUAUGGUCUUCCAAGAUUACUAACUGGUGCUAUUCUUGCCCAUGAGUUGAUGCAUGGCUGGCUACGCCUUAAAGGUUUUCGUAACCUUAAUCCGGAAGUAGAGGAAGGUAUCUGUCAGGUGCUUUCCCACAUGUGGCUUGAAUCGGAAGUAAUGCCAGUGUCUCGAAACAUGCCUUCAACAUCAACAGCUUCUUCUUCCUCCUCAUCUAAGAAAGGCGGAAAGUCAAACGCCGAAAGCAAACUCGGAGAGUUUUUCAUGCACCAAAUUGCCCACGAUGCGUCUCCAGCAUAUGGGGGAGGGUUCAGGGCAGCAAAUGCAGCAGUCAACAAGUAUGGUUUACCUCCUACUCUGAAACACAUUCAUCUCACGGGAACUUUCCCCUUGUAAUGAGAAUUUCGAAUCAUUCUCUCUUUAUCUCUGUUAGUUGCCUUACAUGCCCAUUGGAGAUAUUCUUUUUCUCCCCUAAAAAAAAAUUAAGCUGCCUACUAAAGCUUCAAGCAGCACCCCUUCUAAUUUCAUGGGGUCCUGCAAGGAUACAAGCUAAGAAAUGAGUCCCUCAAUCUAAUAAAGAUUCAUAAUGUUAUUUU